AUUGUAGGUAUAUUAAUGAGAAUUAUAAUAUUAUUAUUUAUAAAUUUUUGGUUAAAGUGGGAGUUGCGUUUAUGAUUUAUAAUAGGUUUUAGUUUUAUAAGGUUAAAAUAUUUAAAUGUUGGUUAUAGAGGGGUUUGUGAAUUUUAUUUUUUUUUUGAUAAAAGAUCAAGGGUUUUGAUUUUGUUAAGGUUUUGGACAAGUAGAUUGAUAUUAUUAUCUAGUUAUAAGUCUGUAAAGAGAGUAAAUAAUAAAGUUGGUUUUUUUUCUUUAUGUGUAUUAUUAUUAUGUUUUGUAGUAGUUAUAUUUUUUUUGGUGGAGAAUUUAAUUGUAUUUUAUUUAUUUUUUGAAAUUUCAUUAGUACCUACUUUAUUAUUAAUUUUGAGUUGGGGGUAUCAACCUGAACGUUUGCAGGCUGGAAUAUAUAUAAUAUUAUAUACAGUUAGAGCUUCAUUACCUUUAUUAUUAUGUUUAUUAUUAUUGGGAUAUCGAGAGGGGUCUUAUAGAAUAAGAUUAAUUAGAUUACUAUUUGUUGGUGAUAUUAGUUUAUAUUGGAUUGUGGGUUUAUUAUUAGCUUUUUUAGUAAAAUUGCCUAUUUAUUUUUUUCAUUUGUGGUUGCCUAAAGCUCAUGUGGAAGCACCUAUUUCGGGAUCUAUAAUUUUAGCUAGGGUGUUAUUAAAAUUAGGAGGAUAUGGAAUUAUACGUUUUGUAGGAUUAUUUAAAAUUUUGGGGAGGGUUUAUAUAAUUAUAUUGCUUGUUGUAUGUUUAUGAGGGGGUUUAUUAACUUCUAUAAUCUGUGUUGGUCAAAGGGAUAUAAAAAGAUUAAUUGCUUAUUCUUCAAUUGGUCAUAUGGGGGUUAUGUUAGCAGGAAUAAUUAGAGGGUUUAUUGUUGGUUGAGAGGGGGCUAUUUUAAUAAUGAUUUGUCAUGGAUUGUGUUCUUCAGGUUUAUUUUGUUUAGGUAAUUUAAUUUAUGAAAAAAUUAAUAGUCGAAGUUUAUUUUUAUGUGGAGGUAUAAUUAAUUAUAAUCCUAUAAUAAGAUUAUUAUUAUUUUUGUUGUGUAUUUGUAAUAUAGGAGCCCCUCCAUUUAUUAAUUUGGUUAGGGAAAUUAUAUUAUAUAUUUCUAUAUAUAUAUAUAGUAUUUAUUUAUUAUUUUUUGUUUUAAUAAUGGUGUUUUUAGGGGGUUUAUAUAAUUUGAUUUUUUAUGUUAGUAUUGAUCAUGGGCAGAUGAUAAGGUUUAUAAAAGUUUUAAAUAUUAAUAAAAGAAAUGAAAAUUUAUUAUUACUUUUACAUAUUAUUCCUUUGUUAAUAUUUAUUUUAAAUAUCGGGUAUGUUAGAAGAAUUGUAAUUUAA